CCCAUUGGCCACUAGUCCAUCCAUACAGACAGACAGAGAGGGGUAUUUGGCCAGUGUGUCCUCAAGGUUGGAAGACACGACAGUGUUCAGGAGCAGCGUUCUGGUGCAGCUGUGUGUCAGUCCGCUGUGUAUCAGUCAGCUGCAGGGAUGGCGCACCAGGAGCAGAGCACAGCCACUUUCCCCGAGCACAUCCGCAAGAAACGGAACGGUGAACAGCUGAGCGCUGGGGAGAUCCGAGACUUCGUACAGGGUGUCAAGGACAAGACCAUCCAAGAGAGUCAGAUUGGAGCCAUGCUGAUGGCAAUCUGGCUGCAGGGAAUGGUAGCGGAGGAGACUCACGCACUGACGAAGGAGAUGAUGAUGUCAGGGGAAGUGAUGUCAUGGCCGGCAGAGUGGGAGGGGUUAAUGGUGGAUAAACACUCGACGGGUGGAGUGGGGGACAAGAUCAGCCUGGUGCUGGCUCCUGCUCUGGCUGCCUGCGGCUGUAAGGUACCCAUGAUAAGUGGCAGAGGUCUGGCGCACACAGGCGGCACGCUGGACAAACUGGAGUCCAUCCCUGGGUAUAACGUCUAUCAGUCAGUACAACAGCUGCAUCGAAUCCUGGAGGAGGUUGGCUGUUGCAUUGUAGGACAGACAGAUAACCUGGUGCCUGCUGACAAGGUCAUGUACGCUCUGAGAGACGUUACGUCUACAGUCGACAGCCUCCCACUCAUCACAGGCUCUAUCAUCUCUAAGAAGGGUGCUGAGUCUCUGAGUGCGUUGGUUCUGGAUGUGAAGUUUGGGAAUGCAGCUCUCUACAAAGACCUGGGCAGUGCCAAGUCACUGGCCCAGUCCAUGGUGACAGUUGGGAACAGUUUGGGGAUCCGUACGGGGGCGGUGCUUAGUCGUAUGAACUGUCCUAUUGGUCACUGUGUGGGGAACACUCUGGAAGUGAUGGAGUCCCUGGAGUGUCUAAAGGGGAGGGGCCCCGACGACAUACUGGAGCUGGUCACAAGUCUGGGUGGGCUGCUGUUGUGGAUGAUUGGCCGUGCAGGGAGCCUGGAGGAGGGUAAAAAGGUGAUCUCUAAAACCCUGCAGAAUGGUGCAGCCCUGGAAAAGUUCCAGAACAUGAUGAUUGGUCAGGGAGUAACCAGUCAGAUCGCUGCAUCACUCUGUUCAACCAACGCAGACUACUACAGCAUCCUGAGAAGGGCACACUACCAGACAGAACUGGAGACACAGGGCCACGGGACAGUGCUGGACAUAGACGGCAUGGUCAUUGCUCAGGUGCUGCACAGGUUGGGGGCGGGACGUUCGAAGGCCGGAGACCCUGUCAAUCACAGCGUGGGGGCGGAGCUUCUGGUGUCUUUGGGACAGAAGGUGGAGAAAGGGCAGCCAUGGCUGCGUGUCCACUACGAGACUCCGGCGCUGAGUGCAGAGCAGAGACUCAGUCUACAAGGGGCGCUGACACUGGGGACCGCCGACCAGCUACACACACAGCCACUAGUGGCAGAAAUCAUACUGCCAUAGUGACACAAAUCCACUCUAUGUUAAAGCUUGAUUGGGAGAUGACCUGCCUUUGGGAAUCUCAGUGUUUAAUUUUUAAAGGAUGUAUAGAUCAGAACUAAAGGCCUGUGUCUCCUGCUCUUCACUCUCAAAUUCCUCUCUGAACCACCCAUAUAAAGUCACAUGAUUCUGUGGAGACUGAAUAGAUGUUAACUGUUUCCAGGAACUGUAUGAGGGGAUUUUCUGUUAAACCUUACUAAUGCUUGUGUACUAAAAUAUCCUUCUUUAAGCCUCGGCAUUGGGCUUGAGAUGGUUAAAGAAACUAACUCAUAUAAGAUAUAAAAGUGUGUGUGUGCACAUUAAUAGAGGCCCGUUCUAACUGUUCUGGGUGUGUAGAAUGACCCCAUGAUGUCUGGGAGAUCAGCCAAGACUUGACAGAAACUGACUGGUUCCUCUUCAGUUAACUGGAGAGUAAAGGUUAUAUCCUGCACACCACUGAUUGAGCUAUUGUUCUGUCUGGAGCCUGUUUCUGGGCCAAAGAUUCAUGUUUUGUGUGUGUGUGUGUGUGUGACCAGUAUGGCCAUACAUCAUCUGGGCCGACAGUCAAAAGCGCUAGCUUGCCCAACUUGGGGGAAACCGUAGAGCUACUGUUAGAGGAAGUAUGUCAGGAGUGACUUCUUGUCAUCCUGGCCCAUAUUGUCCUCACUCAGUUGCGACAUACUGAGGAAACAUUUUCACCCUGUUGUCCCCCCCUCACUCACACACAUACACAUACAUGGGGUCACGUGUUUUGCAGAUGCUUGCAUGGGGUAGCUUGACUAUAUAAACGCUCCUGUACUCUGUGUACAGGAGGCUCUCACUCCAUCUCACCUGUGUGGGCAGGGCGACCAGCCUCCAUAUUAUAAUAGGAAUUUUAAUAAAAGUAAUACCUUGAUUGAU